CACAACUCAUUUGACAAUUUACAAUUUGCAUAUUGCACCAACUCAUACUACGUAGCUACUUUGCAAUCUGUUACUACAACUUACAACUUUCUUUACAAUAUUUAUCCAAAAUGCUCGACUUAUUCAGCAUCUUCAGUAAAGGUGGUAUAGUACUGUGGUGUUUUCAGAGUACCAGCGAAAUAUUCUCGCCAUCUGUAAACGCUCUAAUACGGAGUGUAAUUUUGCAAGAAAGAUCAGGAAAUAAUACGUUUAAUCAUAAUUCAUUAACGUUACAAUACAAACUCGAUAAUGAGUUUGAACUAGUGUUCGUGGUAGCAUAUCAACGUAUACUGCAGUUGUCCUACGUUGAUAAGUUCUUGAAUGAUGUCCACUUGGAGUUCAGAGACAAGUACAAAAAUGAACUGCAGACUGGCCACUAUAAUUCUGAUUAUGAAUUCAAAAUGUGCUUUGACAAGGUCCUCAAGGAGUGCGAGAACUGGGCUAAGUCACAAGCUAAAAUUCCAAAACAAAUGAGAACCUUUGAGGAUUCUCAGAAAUCUAAGAAGACUGUUGCAUCUAUGAUAGAGAGGAAAGGUGAUGAGAAAAAUAAGAAAUCUGUAAAAAUAGUUGAAUCAAAGAAUCUUAGUAAUGGCAAGAUAGAGGAGUCUUCAGAGCAAGAAGACGAUGUGAUUGCUGCCAACAGAGCAAAGCUGGCACAGAAGCUUGCCUCCAAGGGCAAGAAGGAGACCAAAAAGUCUCCGAAGAGUCCUAAAGCAGUGGAUCGCGUGAAGAAGCCGCGCGUGUGGGAGUUGGGCGGAGGUAGCCGGGACUUGCCCACGCUCGAGUAUACCACCGACAAGGAUGCGGUGCCUAAUGAAAUUGUGGCCGAUACACAGCUUGUGGGUCAAAUGACGGGUGCGAUCAAGGACUUGGAAGUGGAAUCAGAUUACAGCAGCAGCGAUGAUGAAGUGGAAAACGCUCAGCCCACUGCCAAAAAGUCUGGCGGCAUGUUCAGCUUGUUUAAGGGUCUAGUGGGUUCGAAGGCUCUGAGCGAGGAGACGAUGCGUCCAGUGCUUGAUAAGUUGCGUGAUCACCUCAUUGGUAAGAACGUGGCCGCUGACAUCGCUAACAAGCUGUGUGACUCGGUCGCUACCAGAUUGGAAGGCAAGGUGCUUGGUACAUUUGAGACAGUGGCUAAGACGGUGAGAGCGACGUUAACGGAGUCCCUCGUGCAGAUCCUUUCUCCGAAGCGUCGUGUUGACAUACUGCGGGAUUGCAUGCACGCCAAGCAAGAGGGGCGGCCCUACGUUAUGACUUUUUGUGGAGUGAAUGGUGUGGGCAAAUCUACCAACUUGGCGAAGAUCUGCUUCUGGCUGCUGGAGAAUGAUCUGUCAGUGUUGAUAGCUGCGUGUGAUACAUUCCGCGCGGGCGCAGUGGAGCAGCUGCGGACACAUGUACGUCGUCUUGACGCGCUGCAUCCUGCGCAGGCGCAUGGCCGCCGCAUGGUGCACUUGUAUGAGAAGGGAUACGGCAAAGACGCGGCAGGUAUAGCAAUGGAAGCCAUCCGAUACGCAGCUGACUCUAAGAUAGAUGUAGUGCUGGUGGACACUGCUGGCAGGAUGCAGGAUAACGAGCCUUUAAUGAGAGCGUUGGCCAAACUGAUCACCGUCAACCAGCCGGACCUGGUGCUCUUCGUGGGCGAAGCCCUAGUUGGCAACGAGGCAGUGGACCAGCUGGUGAAAUUCAACCAAGCACUCGCCGACCACAGUGCUACAAACGAUCCUCAUGUAAUAGACGGGAUAGUGCUAACAAAAUUCGAUACGAUCGAUGAUAAAGUCGGUGCUGCAAUAUCUAUGACUUAUAUAACCGGUCAGCCGAUUGUAUUUGUGGGCACCGGACAGACCUAUACUGAUCUGAAGGCCCUCAAUCCUGAUGCUGUUGUUCGCGCUUUGAUGAAGUAAGGGACCCGAAGGGCGUAGCUGUAGGUCGUCAAAUAAUACACCGGUGCGUGGCUGUCAAACUGACAGCUGUCAGUUUUACAGUA